ACCAAACCAUCUCCAUAGCAUGGCUUCAGCUAGCUCUCUUCUCUUCACUAAAAUAACCGUUUUUUUCCCUCUCCUCUAACGCCACUCCCUCCCUCUCCUUCUCUGAAACUCAACAGCAAAUUAUGGACUUGAUUUACUAUCCAAAUUACACAAUUACCCCUUCCCUUUCCUCUCAUAAUCCAAAACCUCGCUCUCGGAUUCUCCUCCAAAGAAGCAACUUCCGAUCAUCUCCAAUUCGCGCUGCUGCUGCUUCUUCCUAUGUCGAAACCACCAGAAACGGCGCCGCUUCAACAACAAGCAGGAGAAACGUAACAGUAAAAACAACUGACAGGGACAGCAGCAGCGCCAUGGAUCAACUCGACAUCGAACGCGGCGUUUGCGUGCCGUUUCGCAAGUACUCUCCCGAAACAGUGAGGAGUAAAGUGCUGGAAUCGAGAGGGGCAAUAUCGUCGUUGAUGUUGAGAGGAGUGGAGAUAGUGUGGAAUUUGGGAUUGUAUUGGUCUAAUCUGGCGUAUGAUUUUUUGGUUGGAAGAGAUGAGGAGGUGGUUCCGUAUCGUGCUCGGCAGCUUAGGAAUUUGUUGUGUGAUUUAGGGCCUUCUUUCAUCAAAGCUGGACAGGUUCUUGCUAAUAGACCUGAUAUCAUUAGAGAGGAUUAUAUGAACGAGCUCUGCAUCCUCCAAGAUGAUGUUCCUCCUUUCCCCAAUCAGGUUGCUUUCAAUAUUAUAGAAGAGGAGUUGGGGCAACCGCUUGAAGCUGUAUUCAGUAAAAUUUCACCACAAACAAUAGCGGCUGCGAGCUUGGGUCAAGUUUACCGAGCUACCUUACAAGCUACUGGGGAGGAUGUUGCAAUUAAGGUGCAAAGACCUCAAAUAGAGCCCAUAAUCUUUCGGGAUCUUUUUCUCUUUAGAACUCUUGCUUCAUUCCUAAAUGGAAUCAGUUUACAGAAAUUGGGAUGCAAUGCUGAGCUGAUAGUAGAUGAAUUUGGUGAGAAGCUUUUGGAGGAGCUUGAUUACACAUUGGAAGCUCGGAAUAUUGAAGACUUCCUGGAAAACUUCAAAGAUGACCCUACUGUUAAAAUUCCUCGGGUUUACAGAAAACUUUCUGGUUCACGUGUUUUAGUUAUGGAAUGGAUAGAUGGCAUUCGAUGCACCAACCCACAGGCUAUCAGGGAUGCUGGUAUUGAUUUAAAUGGAUUUUUAACAGUUGGGGUGAGUGCUGCUUUGCGGCAAUUAUUAGAGUUCGGGUUAUUUCAUGGAGAUCCACAUCCUGGAAAUAUCUUUGCCAUGCAAGAUGGACGCAUUGCUUAUGUGGACUUUGGGAAUGUUGCUGUGCUUAGUCAGCAAAAUAAGCAGAUAUUGAUUGAUGCUGUUGUUCAUGCUGUGAACGAGGACUAUGCUGAGAUGGCAAAUGACUUUACCAGGCUUGGGUUCCUAGCUAGUGACACUGAUGUUGCUCCUAUCAUUCCAGCUUUGGAAGCUAUUUGGCAGAAUUCUGCUGGGAAAGGACUUGCUGAUUUUAAUUUCAGAACUGUUACAGGGAAAUUUAAUCAAUUGGUUUACAAUUAUCCCAUUCGUAUACCGGAGAGGUUUUCCCUUGUUAUUCGUUCUUUAUUGACUCAAGAGGGCAUCUGUCUUACCUUGGAGCCAGAUUUUAAAUUUCUUGAGGUUGCCUAUCCAUAUAUUGCAAAACGCCUCCUUACAGAUCCCAAUCCAGCACUCCGUGAACGACUCAUACAGGUUCUGUUCAAAGGUGGUGUUUUCCAGUGGAAACGGCUUGAAAACCUUAUUGUUCUUGCAAAGGAAAACGUAGCCAAGAUGAGCAGCAACCCUGCUUUGCAAGUAAAAGACAUCCAAAAUUCAAGCUUGCAAAUUAAAAAGAAGCUAGACUUGACAAAUACCAUUAAAGAUGGAGCACGUCUCUUCUUUACCGAUGAAGGAAUCCGGAGGCAGUUGCUUUUGGCUAUGACAGAAGACUCAAAACUUCACAUUGAAGAGCUUGUUGACGUAUAUAGACUGGUUGAAGACCAAAUCGAUAUCCCCUCGGUGACUAGGGAAGUUGUGAGAGACAUUCCAACUGUUAUCCGAGAUCUCAUACUUUCCUGGAGCGACUCAAUCUUAUCUGACCGAUGAUCAAAGCUUUGAUGUAACAUGGUUCAUUCCUUACAAUAGAACUAUAAUUUUAUUUCGAUCAAGACUACACUAUACCGGGCGAGCAAGAAGGAUUCUGCCAUUUUUCCUUUUUGUCAAGAGGCUCUUUUAUCAUGUUGUAAAUGCAAAGUAACUUCGUUGACACUGAAAAUAUUUCUGUCUCUGUAUAGAAAGAAUUAUCUUACUCGGUAGAUAAUUGGAGAGAGCUGUAGUGUCAGAGGAACUCAAACAUUUUGUCAAUCUUCUGAAGUAAUGCAUGCAGUUUGUUUUCGCCUCG